AUGGCCCCUGCCGCGCAGCGUGCUGCCGCGAGGUUCCUAUGGCAGUCAGCCAGAAGAAUAGCAGCGUCUAGCAGGCGGGCAUCGCCGUUGGUGGUGACAAACUGUGAAGAACGCUCAGAUUUCCUGUGGGCUGCGCGGGCAUUAGGCGGCGCCGCAGCUGCAUUCGUUGCCGGUGGAGCUGUCAGCCGCUCGCAAUGCGAUACCACCGGACAUCGUCUUUACCCCAAGGACCUCGAGCAGUUCCUGAAGCCCUCGGAGUUCAACCCAAUCCCAGUGACCAUGCCACCACCUUUCCCCGGACUCGCCAGAAUUCUCUGCAUGAUUCAGCUUACACGCAGGCUACCGGCAUCAGGCGGGCAUCCUGCAGCCAUUCUGGUGCAAAACAGCUGGAGGUGUAGACUCACUCCUCCCAUCUGCUCUGAAUCGCAGUUCAAGGCAUUAGUUUGCCGUGGUCAAGAAAUUAUCAGGCAGUUCGCCUGUCUUUCCAUUCUCGUCGAGUCGAUUCCGUAUUCCAUCAUGAAGGUCACUGUGGACAUCCAUUUUGCCACUGACAGCAAGGCGACUUGGCCUGCAGCCCUCUUGCUGCUGCUUGCACCUGCUGACUUCCCGCGGUCAACGGGGCCAGCAGACUCCGGGCAGCAAGAUGGCAACCGAAAGCUUUCAUUGGUUGCGAAGCCGUCCGACACCGUGCAGCGCCUGAAGCAGCGUGUGACCCUUGUCGAGCCUGUGCCGUUUCCGGAGCAGGACUUGCAGCUCGAUGGGGCCAGCUUGAAAGAUGAGCAGAGGCUCGGCGAUCUCAAUCUGCGCGAGGGUCAGGUGCUGAACCUCACAGUCCGUGCCAGCGAGACGGCUUUCACAGACCAGCUGGCGCAGCUGCUGAAGGCUCGGCCUCUUUCUGCUGUGGAGCUGGGCCUGCUCUAUACCCACAAGUUUGGCGCGACUGUGAAAACCGCGCUGAACAUUCUGGGUUGCCCAGAGCCUCUGAGCGACUUCCUCCUGAGGAAGAAGCGCUUUGCGAUUGAUCCUUCGGGAUUCGUGUCUUUAUCGGAGUGCCAAGAGCCCGUGCAAGCCAAGGCAACUGCCCCCCUGCCCGAAAACGUUGAGAUCAAGGGGAUCGUGACCGUGACAAGCACGCUGGGCAAUGUUAUGGAAGCGCAGCACCAGCUGCGUGCCAAGACCACCCACACCGCACCAAACCCAGAAUGUACCGGUGUGAGGCAUGCGGGCAUGCCUGGCCGGUGUGCUGAGGUGCAGAGCCUGUGCGACCGUGCCCUUGCCUCGGAGCUCGUUCCAUUCGAGGCCCGGGAUGAGAAGCUGCCAGGUCGAUCCCGUACUCACCACGCAAUCCAGAUUCUCGCGGUCCUGCAGGCCACAAAGAUGACCUUCCAGGGACAGGACCUGGAAGGACGUCAACAGCUUGGCUUCUACAAGAUGGCAGCUGGUGGUGAGCUGAAGGUGCAUGUGGAGGUGUCAAAGGAGCUGCUCUGCCAUCAGCUUGCAGGUCUCUUGCAGGAUCGUUGCCUGUCAUUCGCGGAGCUCGGGGACCUCUACUGCUACAGGUACGGUGCCCCCAUCCGGCGUGGGUUGGAACUCCUGGGCCUGCAAUGCACGCUGAAACUGUUCGUGGCAUCUGCACCCGAGUACUUCCACGUUGAGACCGGCUGCAUUGCGAUGCGGGGGACCGUUCCUGCUCGUUCUGCGACAGGUGAUUUGAAUCAGCGCUACCUGCAGCUGGACGCCCAAAUCUCCACGUGCAAGCUGGUCAAGGACGCAGCUGCCGCUCUUGAGCAAGUCUGCCAAUCUGCCCGAGGUAGCCCUCUUUCGGUGGGCCGCACUAUGUUCCUGGGUUCCGUGGGGCGCGGGACAGCAAUCGAAGGCAGCGUGGACGCUCAGGCCUUGCUGCUCAUCAAAGGCAAGCCCGCAACAGAUCGCCAGAAGUGGUUGCCGCCCUUGCUACCUUUGCUGGCCGCAGCGCUAAGCCAGGAUUUGGGAGAGAAGGCGCGAGUCUCCGUCACGGACGAAUCCGUCCACGUACAUAUUGCAGGAGUUUCAGUGGAGGUGGUUGUGGAUGCUGUUGGAGGCCCCCUGGCACUGGCGGCGGACCGCAGCGCUCGGCUUUUCGACAAGCUCCCAACUGCAGUGAAGGUAACGAUGCGCCUUAUGAAGUGGUGGCGCAAUCAGCAGCCAUGGUCGAGCGAUGAGGAGCGGCCUUCGGACCUCCUCCUGGAGCACAUCGUUGCGUCUACGACCUCGCCAGCACCAGUGGACCAGGUGGCGGAAUCUCAGGGGAGUUGCACGUCUGCUGAAGCCUUGUUUGCGGGCUUCAUAGCCAAUUCAGUCGCCAAUCCGUCAUUAUCAAAAGGUCUGGCUUGA